AUGGCCUUGAAGCGCAUUAACAAGGAAUUGAUUGAUCUCGGACGUGACCCACCCUCAUCGUGCAGUGCAGGCCCUGUAGGCGACAACAUGUUCUCAUGGCAAGCAACGAUCAUGGGCCCCACUGACUCACCGUAUUCGGGCGGGGUCUUCUUCCUUACAAUUACGUUCCCAACCGAUUACCCCUUCAAGCCACCCAAAGUCAGCUUUAGGACGAAGAUUUAUCACCCUAACAUCAAUGCCAAUGGAUCCAUCUGUCUGGAUAUUUUGAGGGAUCAGUGGUCACCAGCUUUGACUAUAUCAAAAGUGUUACUUUCGAUUUGUUCGAUGCUGACGGAUCCCAAUCCCGAUGAUCCUCUGGUACAUGAUAUCGCCCAUCUGUAUAAGACUGAUCGUACUCGCUACGAAGCAACGGCUCGGGAGUGGACAAGGAAGUACGCCACGUAG